AUGGCCUCAGAGACCUACAUGCCCUGCCCUGUGUGCCUCAUCGAGAACAUGGAGGGGCAGCUAGUGGUCAAGCAGGAAGCCCUGCAGAUCCUGUCGGCCAUCACGCAGCCAAUGGUGGUGGUGGCCAUCGUGGGUGUCUGCAGCACAGGCAAAUCCUACCUAAUGAACCAGUUGGCUGGGAAGAAAAAGGGCUUCUCUGUGGGCUCCACUGUGCAGUCUCACACCAAGGGAAUCUGGAUGUGGUGUGUGCCUCAUCCUGAGAAGCCAGGCCACACCUUAGUUCUGCUGGACACCGAAGGCCUGGGUGAUGUAGAGAAGGGUGAUGAUAAGAAUGAUACCCAGAUCUUUGCUCUGGCAAUCCUUCUGAGCAGCACCUUUGUAUACAAUACCAUGAACAAAAUUGACCAGGGGGCUAUUGACCUACUGCACAAUGUGACAGAACUGACAGAUAUACUCAGGGCAAGGACAUUGCCUGACAAUGGAGUGAAAGAUGCUGAUGACAUUGGAAACUUCUUUCCAGACUUGGUGUGGACUCUAAGAGACUUCUACCUAAGCCUGGAAAGAGAUGGACAACUCAUGACAGCAGAUGAAUAUCUGCAGAAUUCACUGAAGAUGAAGAAAGGUAGUGAUCAAAGAACUCAAAGUUUCAAUUUGCCUCGUCUGUGUAUUCAGAAGUUCUUUCCAACCAGGAAGUGCUUUGUCUUUGAUUCACCCACUCACCAGAAGAAGAUCUCCCAGCUAGAGACACUGAAGGAGGAUGAGCUGAGUUUUCAGUUUGUGCAACAAAUGGCAGAAUUCUCUUCCCACAUCUUCAACAAGUCCAAGAUCAAGACACUUCCAGGAGGCAUCAAGGUCAAUGGACCUUGUUUAGAGAACCUGGUGCUGACCUAUGUCAACGCUAUCAACAGUGGAGAUCUGCCCUGCAUGGAGAACGCAGUCAUGACCCUGGCCCAGAGAGAGAAUGCAGCUGCAAUAAAAAGGGCACUUGCCCACUAUGACCAACUGAUGGGCCAGAAGGUGCAGCUUCCCACAGAGACCCUCCAGGAGCUGGUAGACCUGCACAGGUCCAGCGAGGGAGAGGCCACAGAAAUCUUCAAAAAGAACUCUUUCAAGGAUGAGGACCAAAGUUUCCAGAAGGAAUUACAGACCCUACUAGAUGCAAAGCAGAAUGACAUUUGUAAGCAGAAUGAGAAAGCCUCUUCUGAUUGUUGCUUAGCUUUACUUCAGGAUAUUUUUGGUCCUCUGGAAGAAGCAGUGAAGCAGGGGCUUUAUUCUAAGCCAGGAGGCCAUAAUCUCUACCUUCAGAAGACAAAGGAGCUAAUGACAAAGUAUCAUCAACAGCCCAGGAAAGGAAUACAGGCUGAGGAAGCUCUACAAAAGUAUUUAAAGUCCAAAGAGUCUGUUCGUAACGCUGUUCUACAGACAGACCAUGCUCUCACAGCGAAGGAAAAGGAGAUGGAAGAGGCACGUGUGAAAGCAGAGGCUGCCAAGGCUGAAGCAGAAAGUGCGGUGGUGAUUCAUAGGCAGAUGCAGCAAAUGAUGGAGGAGAAGGAGAGACUCCAUCAGCAGCAAAUAAGACAAAUGGAAAUAGAAAUAGCAAACAUUUUGGCACAGCAACACAGGAAUUUGGCACAUCUGCUCCAGGAUGAGAGCAUGAAACAGUGUGGUGAGAUGAAGAGUACUAGGGUGGCUCGGGGCAGGGACUGUGGCAUCAGACCGUGGGGUGUGCAUCCAAGCUCCACUGUUACCAAAUACAUGGUGUAA